AUGCUGUACGCGCUGGUGGGCAUCCCGCUCACGCUGACGGUGAUCGCCGACAUGGGCCGGCUGCUGGCGUCCGCCGUGUCGGCGCUGCACGCUCGCGCGCGCCGCCACACCGCCGGCCUGCCCAUGCCGCCCAAGCUGCCCGCUUGGUGCCGCCGCUCCCUCACCGUGCUCGCCGCCGUCGCCUGCAUGCUGCUCUACAUGGCGGCGGGCGCCGGCUUCAUCUGCCUCUGGGAGGACUGGAGCUUCUUCCAGGGCUUCUACUUCUGCUUCAUCACCAUGACCACCAUCGGCUUCGGUGAUGUCGUGCCAGAGGAAGCGGACUACAUGAUGCCGUGCACGCUGUACAUCCUGGCGGGGCUGGCGCUCACGUCCACCAUCAUCGAGCUGGUGCGGCGGCAGUACGCGCAGUCGUGGCGCCACCUGCAGGCGCUGUCGGGGCCGCUGGCCGAGUCGCUGCGGCGCCUGGGCGAGAGCGCGGCGCUGGCCGGCAGCGGCAUCGACGUCACCGCGCUGCACCGCAUGCUCACCGUCAGCGUGCCCAAGCGCCACCAGUGGGAGCAGGCGAUGGCGGCUGUGCUGCAGAAGAUCACGGCGCCGCCCCCGCGCCCGCCCGUGCUGCAGAUCGUCAUCUACGAGACCACGGUGUGA